AAACGCAAUGCAAUCUCCAAUGACUACGAUAUCGAUUGUAACCAUCGUUUGAAUGACUAUUGCAGCAAAUGAACGAAUCGGUGGUCAAACCAAUGCUGACCAACAGUCUUAAGCAAAUCGUUGCCACAAAUCACUCAGUGAACGGCGAUAUGGUUUCGCAGACACAGACCACUCAAAGCCAACCCAAUCAUCACUCAUCCGCACCACACAAACCACAGUCACAUCCGAGUGCGGCGGACGCGACGGUCACUGAUAAGGAUAAGAAGCCGAGGAAUUACAAACUCGUCUGCGAUCCGGCCCUCAAGAAGGGGCCGACGAAGCUCUACCGAUACGAUGGUGUCGUUCCCGGGAAGGAGUCGCUGUAUCCGUGUAUUCAAGUGAAAGACCCCCGAAGAGGGCCCCCCAUCUGGAACCGCGUCGAAGCCGCGGAACUAAUUGUUCCCAAAUUUAAGAUUGACAGCAAUUAUGUGGGAAUUCCUCCGCCGAUUGAAGUGUCGAUCACUAACCUCAACGACAACAUAAAUAAGACAUUUCUAGAGGAUUUGGUGAAGAAGAUUGAUCUCAUCGAUGAAAUCCAAGUGCUAUACCACCCGAAGACGAAGAAGCACUUGGGUUUAGCCAAAAUCAUAUUCGCCACCACUUCGGGCGCCAAGGGGUGCGUCGAGAAGUUGGACCAGACGUCGGUGAUGGGCAACAUCAUCAAUGUCUUUCACGACCCGUUCGGCAAGGAAGUGAUGGCGGCGUUCGAGGCUAUUGUAAACCCUCCUCCGCCUCCGGCCGUACCCCUGAUUCCUGUCGCAAAAGCCGUCGACCCCGCCUUCUUAGAUCCCAAUACAGUUGUCGUCGAUAUAGACACUAAAAGCACAGCAACGGUCCCAUCUGUCAACUCAUCCAUUCCCGUCACUACUCCCGGCAGUAGCUCUGACUUCGGUUACGGCACUGACGCCAGAGGCUGUCCCACAUCGUCCACCAGUUAUCUCUCGACUCACUCCACCCAUUCGACACCUCUUAGCUUCGACAGCGGUUUCUCAUAUCAACAGCAAUACCCUUACAAUCAAAACAACGGCAACACCUGUCCCGACGGCGCGUGGGGUCAGACGACCCCCAAUAACAUGGUUUGGGAUCAGCAGACGGGGGCGUGGGUUGAGAGCACUCAACCCACCGAUAAAAGUCAGAUUCGCGAGAGUCUCGACUCGAGAAUAGAACUGCUUUUGAAGCAACAGAGCGUUGGUUUGGGUCCCAGUUUUCUCGGAGUCAUGUCCGCCGUCGGAAGCCCUCCUUUCGUCGCAAACGACUUUAAAAGUAGUCCAAAGAAUCACCGAAAGAACAAUGAGUUAAACGACAGGAACCGACACCAGACGUACGAUUCGGACGCCAUAUUAGGGACGCCUCCGUCGCCCUUCUUGAGUGCCUCUGAUUUCAUAAAAUGGCAUAAAAUGACAAAAGCCAUCGACUCGGGAAGGGAUCCGAAUCUGGAGGACAGCGACUCCGAGACGAACCACAAUAUGGAUGACGAGGUGAUCGACGACGACGCGACGCCACUGAAGGACGAGCCGCAGGAAAGUAAGAGAUCCCGAAAUAAAACGUAUAAAAAGGGUGUUCUUGAGGACGACAUGGAUGACGACCGUAUGUCGUUGUCGUCGCUGAGUAGCGGCGAGAAACUGCAUAUUGGAGGCGAGGACUCAGGCGAGCCAUCCAUCUCUGCGGGCGGCGCUCUCCACCAGAGCUCACACCCCAUGUAUCCGUCAGAACACGUGCAGAUGAUGGCUCGCUUGGGCCUCUGGAAGCCCGGCAUGGGAUCCGAUAUCACGUCGGGAGAGUUCAGCUCAGCCUCAACUCAGCCCAACUACACCUCGACGUCCGCCGCGACGUUCGCGCCCUUCAUAUUCCCGCCUAUGACUGGCCAGUCGUACGCCGCCGCAGCCGCGCAGUCAACCGCCCAGCAGUACCCGCAGCCCAGUUUCUACCCCAUACCCGGCUAUAUUCAGCCCAAUAGCUCUCAUUUCUCUUCCAUCUCAGCGCCAAUGACUCCGACGUCGAAAGCGCCGCAAAUGACUCCUCACACGAGCCUCGAGUGGCAGAAGCAGACGAGCGAAGCCAAGAAGACUCAAAUCACUCGCAAUUCGCUGAACAUUGUGGUGAAAGAGCUGAAAGAGUUGAUCAAAAAAGACAUUUGCAAGAAAAUGGUGGAGAGCUCGGCGUUCAAGAUGUUCGAGAAGUGGUGGGAUGACUGCGAAAGCAAAUCCAAGACACAAGACUAUAGUACAACGGAUGACAUGGUUAUCAACAAUAGAGUCCACGACGUGAUUCACUCGCGACAAACCAAUUCGGACGACUGGAGGUCGAUGUCCUCACUGUAUGACAACAAUCGCACGGAAUCUGUAAAUAAUUUUAGCGGUUAUGGCGGCGGAGGACUCGGUCUUCGCGCAGCCAUUCCUAAGAUGCCUUCAUUUCGGCGCAAACUUAAAAAGCCGACGUCUCCUCCCGACCCGACCGACGACGCCACUAAUGACGCCAAGAGAGCCGACUCUGAUGUCGAGGCCGACAAAGUGUCGGAUGAGUCCGAGAAUGAGAGCUAUAGAAGGGAUUCGCGGACACAGAAGAACAGGUCAGCCGCUGUUAUCGACCAGAGGGCCAAGUCUUCGAGUAGUGACAGCAGUUCGAGCUCUACAAAGUCAGUGGAGAUGUCAUACGAUUCCGAUUCGUCGAAAUCGUUCGCUCAAAGAAAGUCAGACAUAAAGGCUGAGAAAGAAAGCUCUGAAUUGAUCUCAAAAAGUGAUACAAAUUUGAGUUCAAUGAGGAGUAAGGAGACACUCGAGAAGGACUCUGAAGUGACCACUGAUUUGGAGUACGAGGCCACUCAGGCGCUCAUGGCUUUGGCCACUGGUUUUGCAUCCGCUCCUAAGUCCGCGGACACCGACAGAACUAAUAGUGUUUACACACGAGAUGGCAAACCGCCCAAAAGUGUUCCCCUCGGAAGUGAUACCGAGUCGGCGUCAGAAGCGGAACAGUUCGAGAACGACGUGCCGCAGACGUCCAUAGCGUUUGAUCACAGCUAUUGUCUGCCAGAAGUGAUCACUCGACGCGAACAGGUCUCAGAUCUGGACUCUCUUAUCGAUUCUGUCGCGCGAGGAGUGCCUAAGACUCAGGAGAAGGAGAAAGAGAAAGAGACGGACAAAUCGAAGGGUCAGUUAACGGAUCACAUGUACAGCCGAUCAAAUCAUACCUCAUCGCAAGCGAAGCCUCAGAAAAGACAGUAUAAGCGAAAGACUUCGACGACAACUCCCGUGAAAUCUCCGAACCGUGAGUUCCAUCACAGCCUUUACGCCGUGGCCUCCGAGUGGCGCAAAGCCAAGAGAGUGUCGAAUGUGAUCAACAAUCUGACGGACGAUCUCUCGGAGUUCGUCGAAAGGAGUCCAUCGCCGCCGCAACCCAUGUAUAAGAAACGGGAUCUCAUCGGAGAGAUGAAUAUAUUGUACGAGUUCUUGAAGACGGGUAUCGACGGCGAGGACGUGGCGUACAUGAAGAGGUCGUAUGAGACGAUGCUUCAGGACGACAACCAGAGCCACUGGUGGAUGAAUGACAUCCAUUGGGUCGAUCACACGCCCACUCACAUCGUGCCGCCGAAGAAGCGCCGAAAGACGGACGACUCGCACCCGCGCAUCCAUCAGACGGGUUGCGCCCGAUCUGAGGGCUACUAUAAGAUGGAUGUGUUCGAGAAGAUACGUCUGUCGCACGUCUCGAACGCGUCGCUCAACACCACGAACAACGACGACGAAGACGUACCGAAACAACUGCGCGCCCGACAGACGGGUACACAACAGUCCACUCGCGAGGCGCGCUCUAACCAGAGGAGGCUUUUGGCGACAGUGGACGCCGCCUGGAGUGACCUCUUGAAGUUCAAUCAGUUGCAGUUCCGUAAGAAACAGUUGAAGUUCUCGAAGAGUCGUAUUCACGACUGGGGUCUCUUCGCGUUGGAACCGAUCGCCGCCGACGAGAUGGUCAUCGAAUACGUGGGCCAAGGAAUCCGUCCCAUUGUGGCCGACAUCAGGGAGAAGAAGUACACGGAGAUAGGCAUCGGAAGCUCAUACCUGUUCCGCGUGGACCUCGAGACCAUUGUGGACGCCACGCGGUGUGGUAACGUAGCAAGGUUCAUCAACCAUAGCUGCAAUCCCAACUGUUACGCCAAAGUGAUUACCGUUGAGGGCAACAAGAAAAUAGUCAUAUAUUCAAAGCAAGCGAUCGGUGUGGACGAGGAGAUCACUUACGACUACAAGUUCCCCAUCGAGGAGGACAAUAAGAUCCCGUGCCUCUGUCUGGCGCCCCAAUGUCGCGGUUUCUUAAAUUAAUUGCUUUUUUUAUCAUUUGAACCUUUAUUUUUCUGGACACAGAUUUGUAUAUAAAUUUAUUUAGUAUUUAAUUUGGUUUUUAAUGUAAGCGUUACUUUACCUAUUCGUUGCAUCAAAAAAAACUUUGCGCAAACUUAUGGCCAAUACUUUGACUCAAUGCACACACAAUCGCUGUCACUUACACCACACACACACACACAUCCCUGCCUUAUAUCCAGAGACACACACUCUGUCUGUCUGUCUGUCUCUCUCUCUCUCUCUCUCUCACUCAUUUGAAAUCCCGUUUCAAAUUGAUUGUAAAUUACAUGAAAAAUCU